UGGACCAUUGGCUUUGUGCAUGCCGUGAGUCAAAUGGUUGUGAUUGUGCGAUUGCCCUUCUGUGGCCCCAGGGAAAUCGACAGUUUCUUCUGUGACAUACCACUGGUAAUCAAGCUUGCCUGCAUGGAUUCCUAUAACUUGGGAAUAUUAAUGAAUGCUGACAGUGGGGUUCUGGCCAUGACCUGCUUUAUACUGCUGCUGAUAUCCUACACAUAUAUUCUUCUUACUGUUCGCCGAAGCUCUAAAGCUGGCACCUCUAGGGCACUCUCUACCUGCACUGCCCACAUCACAGUGGUGCUGCUCUUCUUUGGACCCUGCAUCUUUAUCUAUGUGUGGCCACCCAGCAUCACCUGGGUGGACAAAUUUCUUGCCGUGUUUUACUCUGUUUUUACACCUCUUCUAAAUCCAGCCAUUUAUACCCUGAGAAAUAAAGAGAUAAAAAUUGCUCUGAAGAGAUUCAGUAGCUACUACCUACAUUCCAAGAGGCAUAUUAAUGCCUAA